UUCAGAGUUGCACUAAACAUUUUACAGAACACAGAUUAUAAAUUAGAGGCUAUUUGAACCCUAAAUAGUAUCCAUUUCCGACUAUUCACGGCUAUAUGUCCAUAUUGCCAGGAAAUCAUUCAAGAGCUAGAAGAGAAGAUGGUGAGCGCGCCCAAGUAGAUGCCUCUUUCUCCCUCUCUUUUCAAAAUUGAAAAAAAUGAUGUUGCAAUGCUGCGGCAGUUCUUUGGCACAAGCUUCAGCUCCAUCUUCUUCACCGUGUAAGCUUCGCAGCUUUCGCUCCCCUGUGAGCUCGCUAUUGUGGGGGUUCAGUUGUCACCAAUACCAUGGUAAAGAUGUGGUUUUUCUAGGGUUUAAGCUCCAGUGUCUUUCCAAGGACGUAUAUUUGUCCCAAAAAAGCUUGAAUAAAGGAAAAAAGAAGAAGUACGGUGGCGUUUUGCCGGGGAUUUUGCGUGAAUUGGAGGGCAGGAGAGAUGUUGAAACCCUUCUCGAUUCCUAUUGCGGGAAGCUCAAUCCGAAGGAGCAAACUUUGAUUCUCAAAGAGCAGAGUAGGUGGGAUAAGGUAAUUAGGGUUUUUAAUUGGUUUAAAUCCCAGCAAGAUUAUGCCCCAAAUGUGAUACAUUACAAUGUGGUGCUUCGCGCAUUGGGUAGGGCUCAGAAAUGGGAUGAGCUGCGCCUCUGCUGGAUCGAGAUGUCCGAUAAGGGCGUUGUGGCAACGAACAACACGUAUGGGAUGCUUGUGGAUGUGUAUGGGAAGGCAGGGCUUGUGAAGGAGGCUCUUUUGUGGAUCAAACACAUGAAACUAAGGGGGGUCUUCCCCGACGAGGUCACAAUGUCCACUGUCAUUAAGGUGUUGAAGGAUGCGGGCAAGUUUGAUAAGGCAGAUAAGUUCUAUAAGGAUUGGUGUGUUGGGAGAGUUGAGUUGGAUUAUCUAGAUUUUGAGAGUGAUGAGGAAGCUUUGAGUUUGAAGCAGUUCUUGCUGACUGAGCUCUUUCGAAGUGGGGGGAGAUCGCGAGAUUUUGGUGGUGUGGAGGAGAGUGAUGUGACGAGGAAGCCGCGCCUCACGACUACUUAUAACACGCUCAUUGAUUUGUAUGGGAAGGCGGGGCGUUUGGAGGAGGCUGCGGGUGUGUUUUCUGAUAUGUUGAAGGCCAGUGUGCCAUUGGACGCUUUCACGUUUAACACUAUGAUUUUCAUAUGUGGGAGUGAGGGGCAUUUGUCUGAGGCAGAGGCUUUGCUUGAUGCAAUGGAGGAGAGAGGUAUUAGACCAGAUACGAAGACGUAUAACAUUUUUUUGAAACUUUAUGCAGAUUUAGGGGAUGUGGAUGCAGCACUAGGGUGGUUUACGAAGAUUAGGGAGUUUGGUCUUUUCCCCGAUGAUGCAACACAUAGGGUUGUGAUCAAGAUAUUGAGUGAACAUAAUAUGGUUGAAGAAGUUGAAUCUGUGAUCCAAGAAAUUGAGAGGUUUGGGAAGUGUGUUGAUCAGAGUUCUCUGCCAUUGCUUGCUAAGAUGUAUGUUGGUGUUGGGAUGAAUGAGAGAGUGAAGUUGUUGAUUGAGAGGGUGAAGUCCCGUGGUGGCUUUUCAUCGCGGAUUUAUGCAGCUCUCCUCGAUGUUUAUGCUGAGAACGGACUUUGGGCUGAAGCUGAGGCUUUGUUUUAUGGCGAGAGGGAUGGAUUUGGGCAGAAGAGGGAUGUGUUGGAGUAUAAUGUGAUGAUCAAAGCUUAUGGUAAGGCUCAAAUGUACGACAAAGCAAUCUCUCUUUUCAAGAGCAUGAGGAAUCAAGGAACGUGGCCGGAUGAGUGCACGUACAACUCUAUUAUCCAGAUGCUUGCUGCAAGUGGUUUUGCAGACAGAGCAAGGGAAUUCUUGAAUGAAAUGAUGGACGCAAGACUUAAGCCUUCAUGCUUGACGUUCUCUGCUCUGAUUGCUAGGUUUGCAGAGAAGAAAAGCUUCUCUAUUGCAAUUGAUGUGUUGCAAGAGAUGCUUCUGUUGGAUGUGAGACCUAACGAGAUCGUGUAUGGCUCGUUGAUCAAUGCGUUUGCAGAGGAUGGGAAGUUUGAGGAAGCAAAUGUGUACUUCAAGGCCAUGGAGGACUCUGGGAUUUCUCCUAACCAAGUGAUCUUGACUUCAAUGAUCAAGGCUUAUGGUAAAAUCGGAUCCGUUGAGGGGGCGAGGGGGAUGUACGAGAGGAUGAAGAUGCUCGAUGGGGGUCCGGAUAUCGUGGCAUCUAACAGCAUUCUGAAUGUGUAUGCUGAAUUGGGGAUGCUUUCUGAGGCGGAGGCAAUGUAUGAUCAUUUGAGGGAGACAAGUUUGGCCGAUGGGGUCACCUUUGCAACCAUGAUGCUCGUCUACAAGAACAUGGGGAUGCUCGACUCAGCCAUUGAGGUAGCUGAGCAGAUGAGGGAGUCGGGUUUCUUGAGAGACUGCGUUGGUUACAACAAAGUCAUGGCAUGCUAUGCUGCACACGGACAGCUUGUCGAGUGUGGCAAGCUUUUGCACGAGAUGGUGGUGGUGGGGAAGGUCUCCCCAAACAAAGAGACAUUCAAGGUCCUCUUCACGGUCUUGAAGAAGGGCGGUGUUCCGGCUGAGGCUGUGCGCGACCUCCAAACAUCCUACUACGAGGGCAGGCCGUUUGCCAAGCAGGCGGUGGUGACCUCGGCUUUCUCCAUUGUGGGGUUGCACGCCUAUGCUCUCGAGUGGUGUGGGAUUUUUAGGAAGGAGGAAGUAGGGCUGAGGUCGAACGCUUCUGCUUACAAUGCUGCUAUCCGGGCCUACGUUGCUUAUGGGAAGAUAGAUGACGCAUUGAAGAUGUUCAUGAGGAUGCAGGACGAAGGGGUCGAGCCCGAUGUUAUGACGUUGAUCAAUCUCGUGCAUUGCUACGGGAGAGCUGGGAUGGUCGAGGGGGUGAAGCGCGUGCACAGCCAGUUGAAACACGGGGAGGUCGCGCCUAGUGAGGCGCUGGUGAAGGCGGUGGUCGAGGCUUACAAGAGCACGAAACGGCCCGAUCUUGCGGAGCUGAUCACGCAGGAGAUGAAGCUUGCUUCUAAGUUUGAGCAGUUUGCAGACGGUGGAAGUGAAGAUAUUGAUGAAAGAGAUAUACCUUUAGCUUGUGGAAGUGAUGGAAAAUGGUGGACAAGGCUCAGAACAAGGAAGUUCAUGACAAAUCGCCUCCUCUCGAGGAAGCAAUUCAUCAUCGAUGUGUUGCAUCCUGGAAGAGCUAAUGUCUCCAAGGAACUUCUGGAAUGGUAAGUUUUGGAUUUGCUUUCGGUAAAUUUCUGAGGUGGGAAUUUGGGAUUUCUAUCAAAUUGGAGGACAAAGUGAUCUAUGUGUUCUGGGUUGAGGCUGGUGAUUGUUUUUGCUCGCAAUCGCACAGCCGUUUUAUGAUAUGCAGGUAUUCCAAAGACUGCUUAAUUUGGGCGAAAAUUUGCUUAAGUUGUUGGAAAGAGAUUGCUUAUUUGAGAGUAGAGAGGUUUCAAUUUAUUCGAACGAUUCUUUAUUUUGGGUGAGAAUUUGCUUAAGUUGUUGGAAAGAUUUGCUUAAUUUGAGAGUAAAAAGGUUUCAAUUUAUUCGAAAGAUUGCUUAUUUUGGGUGAGAAUUUGGUUAAGUUGUUUGAAAGAUUGAUUAUUUUGAGAAUAGAGAGGUUUCAAUUUAUUCGAAAGAUUGUUUAUUUUGGGCAUGAAUUUGCUUAAUUUGUUUAUAAUUGUGCAUUAAUAGUUUGCUUGUUUUGUUUGAAAGAUUGCUUACUUUGUGCUAAACUUUGCUUCAUUUAUUUGAUGAUUUGCUUCAUUUGUAUGACAGUUUGUUUAUUUAGUCUUUGGAAAAUUGCAGAUAUUUAGCCUUAGCACUAAUUGAAGCUAAAAACACGUUGGUAGGAUAGUGUUAGCAUCAUACUUUUUGGUUUUUUUAUGCAUAUUUUAAAUCAUAGAAAAUGCAAUAUUUUUUUUACAGUUGAUGCAAUAAAUAUGUAUUCAUUUACGAACUGCAUAUGAAUUGCACUUGCCUAACUCAAGUGAUUUUAUUUAACCAGCAGGUAACAAGUGCCAAAAGGGAGGAAGCAAUUAGUAUGAGUCUGGAAAUGACGAUGGUGAAAAUGUGCAGCAAAGACAAAAGGACAUCAUAAAAUGACUAUAUUUCAAGAAUUCUCCAGAAAAUUUUGCGAGUCUGGCUGCAACAAUUUGAAAAGAUGUUUCCUAAUUUUAAUGGAUAUGCUCUGAUUGAAACACCCGGGGAUGUCUCAAACCAAAGAUUCGGAGUUUUGUAGACUACAAGUCUAAUGUCGUCGAGUACAAUUGUAAUUUUGUAGUGGAAUUGUGAUCAUCUUAUGAUCCAUUAUUUUGGACUAAUAGAAUGUCUUUUAACAUUGUUCGUGACAUAUUGUGCAAA